AUGGGUGGUGGAGCAGCGGUGUCGUCUGGUGACGACAGCGCCGCGGCAUCUUCGGGUAACGACACCACCACAACGGAUGGUAAUCAUGGCGGGAGGUACGCCUGGGAAUGCGUUGACGACGUCGGGGGCGCUUUCAACGGUUCCAUGAAUGGCAACACCUCCCUGCCAAAAGGUUCAAACAUCUGUGAGACUCACGGGUGUUGGAGUAAGCAAAUACUCCGAAGGGACAUUUGCUGCGAGCGGAGCUACGUUCACCCUGUCAGCGCUGCUUGGCGUUGCAGCAGCGUUCUUUCACUUCCAGUGUCACUCCUUGACGAGGUGUUCACUUUUUUGCAUCCCGAGGAUCUCUGCAGGGUAUUGGAAGUAUGCCGGUUUUUCUUCUCUGCCGCUGUAAGGUCCGAUCGUACCGCCUGGAGGUCCGUAUGCCUUUCGCUAUGGAAAAACAAGCAGGGGCUCUCGCGCGUGGUGCGUGAAUGGCCGUCUGUGGAGGAGGUAUGCCGACAGGAAGACUUGGAGUCGAUUUGUGUGCAACAAGCGUUUGCACAUGAAUAUUUCAGCUGGGGAACCAUUAACAACAUGGUGCCGCACAUGGAGGACGGUGAGGCCGACUGCGAAACCUAUUUUGCUGCGACGGUGCUAUUCCGUGAUGCAAUUGAUCAGGAUACAGGGGAUCCAACGGGACGACGGCAUCAGCAGGUGUGGGGAUGCACACCAUCGAGUACGGCUACGUACGAUGCUAUUGUGAACACAACGGGAGCAAGAGCACCCCUGUUCACGGUUCUUCCUUUUUCGGGACGUUACACCACGCCUGGGGAAACGGAGGGGAUCACAUCUACUUCCUCGUGUGUUGCAGCGGAAAAGAAAGGGCUUUAUUGGUGGCAGAUGACCCUCGAACGACAGCAACAAGAACUGAGUCGACUCCGUAAGACCGGUGGUUCGUCGAAGUUUCAGCAUAAGCAGCCAUAUUGCCCCGCUCGCCCAUUACUCAGCCAUACCAACACCCCACAAAACGUGGAAUCUGUCGAAGCGCCUUUUCGGUUCCCGUCCACGACCGGGUGCUGUGAGGGGAGCCGUUUACAAAAAGUGUGUGACACUGCGGUCAGCCAGCAUGUUUUUUGCAGUUCCGGGUGUGGUAAGGACAGCAAAAGAGAACAUGGAGGCUCUGUCGACGACUUUCACAGAGGGAUGGCCGUUGUUCGGUCUCUCAGCGCACAACUCCGUGCCCGGAGGAAGGCGCGCACGUACGUGUUUGCGAAGAAAACAGCUAAAUACUACGAUGAUGAAGAUGAUAGCGACGAAGACUUGCUACAGCUUCCAGUGUCAUGGAAAUUUGCUUACUAUAUGUCUUUGCGCGAUUCAUGCCGCCAGAAGAUAGCGAUGCAAGAACUCAUUGAAGGCACAUGGUUCGUGUGCUUUCGGAAAACCGGAAACACACACCCAGCAUGUUUUAAUGCUGACAACAGUCUGUUUGUAUACCCCGCCACUUACACCCGCGAUGGUGGUUGUCAGGUACAUCGUCCCGGCGGUAGUAGCGGCGAAGGUGCAGCUUCUGCUCCGGUAAUGCCUCCGGUUAUGUAUCAGCUGCAGCGCGGUGGGACAGAACUUGUUCUUAACAGUUUCCCUCCGCUGAAAGUACAACGCCGCUCUCGCUCCGCCUGUUCCCUCUCUUCCACCCAAUCUGCUUCCCCAAAUGCACCAGCCACUGGUCGUGCAAUGGAUGCUCAGACGCACAACGGAGGGAGGGGCAUAAGGGCCGGAACUUCCGCGGCGGAGGCUGCCGCAAUUCGAGCAUUUAUGUCUGAGCCCAAUGCCACCCUUCAGCGCCUUGCAUCCGCUGCGGAACGGUUACACCAUCCACACGACACCGAACGCGUUGCAACAGCUGGGGAAGGUGCCGGGGAAGGAAAGGAGAGUUCAAGUGGGGGGACGGUUCAUGAUGGCGACGAUGAAGAUUUUGAUAACGAUUGGGGAUGGGUGAUACAAAAUUAUUUUGUGAAAAUCUUUUCCUCAACAACGAGUAUCCCGUUGUAUGUAAGCAGGCUGGAGUACUCAUGUGGGCUGUAG